AUGGCACAAAGCAACUGCACCCAAGUGACCCAGUUCAGCCUGGCGGGGUUCACAGAGGACCCGGUGACUCAGGUCUACUUGUUCCUGCUCUUCCUGCUCACCUACCUUGUCACCAUCAUGGGCAACCUGGGCAUCAUCAUCUUAAUCAGGGCCAGCCCCCGCCUCCACUCCCCCAUGUAUUAUUUCCUGGGCAACCUGGCCUUUGUAGACCUCUGUUCUUCCACCAUCAUCAGCCCCAAGAUGUUGGUUGACUUGAUGUCAGAGAAGAAGAGCAUUGCUUAUGGUGGGUGCAUGGCUCAGGUCUUCCUCUUUGACUUCUUUGGGAUGACUGAAUACUUCCUGUUGGCUUCGAUGGCCUAUGACCGUUACGUGGCCAUUUGCCAUCCCCUGCUGUACCCCCUUGUCAUGUCCCCAAAGUGCUGUUUCCAGCUGGUGACUGGCUCGUACCUCGUGGGGCUGACCAAUGGUGUGGGACAGACCAUCAGCAUGUCUACCCUGUCCUUCUGCAGCUCCACCGUCAUCGACCUCUUCUUCUCAAUAAAAGCCAUGGUCUCCACGGCAGCCAGACCACAGCAGAGCACAGGAGCUGUGGGGUUGUUCAGCAGCCUUCAGACCUGA